AUGAGUUGUCAAGUCUUUUCUUCAGCUGACACCUUCAUCCCCUUGACUUCUGAUUCGUCUCCCACUCUGCCUCUAAUAAUGCAUCAUAGUGCUGCAGAGUGCUUGCCCGUCUCCAAUCAUGCCACUAAUGUGGUGUCUACAGGUACCGUUUCUCUUAUUAUAAAAUUGCUAUUUUUAUCAGUGUGCCAUUUUACUGGCUUCAUCUCCUCUCCCUCCCGCCCAUCUCUAAUAGGUAUCAAGCCUACUGCUCCAGAUGUGCUGGCAGCAAGCCUCUCUCAAAGCCGUAUUUUACAGACCUGCAGCAUGUCUCAUCCCAAUGUUGUGAAUGGAGUUGGCACUUUACAAGGUGGUCUCACUCCUUGCCUAUAUAAAUUCCCUGAGCAUGCUCUAAGUGCCAGUUCAUGUGCUCUAGGCCACAGCUUUACUUCCAUGCAUCCAUCUCUACUUGGAGCUGAUCCUACCACUGAUUUUAAACAGGAAUUUCGGAAGAAGGCCAAGUCACUUGAUGAACCAAUAGAUAUGGAUUCUCCAGAAAUAAGAGAAUUGGAAAAAUUUGCCAAUGAAUUCAAGUUGAGAAGAAUUAAGCUAGGCUAUACACAAACAAAUGUUGGAGAAGCUCUAGCUGCAGUGCACGGCUCUGAAUUCAGCCAGACUACUAUUUGCCGGUUUGAAAACUUGCAACUGAGUUUCAAGAAUGCCUGCAAACUAAAAUCCAUAUUAACUAAGUGGUUGGAGGAAGCAGAACAAGUAGGAGCUCUAUACAAUGAAAAAGUUGGCAUGAAUGAACGGAAAAGAAAACGCAGAACCACCAUUAGUAUUGCCGCAAAAGAAGCUUUGGAAAGCCAUUUUGCAGAACAAAGCAAACCUUCAUCCCAGGAGAUCAUGAGAAUGGCAGAGGGGCUCAAUUUGGAAAAGGAAGUGGUGAGAGUUUGGUUCUGCAAUCGAAGACAAAGAGAAAAGAGAGUAAAGACAAGUUUACACCAGAACACCUUUAAUUCCAUUAUUAAGGACCAUCAAGAGUGCUAGAAUUCUUUCCACAGACAAAUAGAUUUCUUAGCUUUGUUUGAAAAACUUCUUGCCCCAUUUCACCGACAAAGAAAAUAGCAUACCUUUAUAAAUGUAUUUAAUAAUGAAAAGUUUAUGUAUUUCUUUAAGUGCCUUUACUUAAAAGAAGACAUUAAAACUGUAUUCUUCAAAAAUGAUUGAGAAGAACACUUCACACUUCCCUGCUAUUCUUUAAGAUGUUUUUUUUUCAGGAUUCUACACCAGCCAGAAAAAGAAAUUUAGCUAUUUAAAAGUCAUAUCAACCUUAAAUUAUGCUUAUGCAACUUCUAGGUCAUUCUUCAAAAGGGUCUAUUGCUCAGGAAGACCUAUCAUAUUAGUGCAGAAAGGCAAGAUAUUCAGAAAGCUCAAAAAAUGCAUUUUCCCCCUGUUAUGAAGACUGCUUGGUCACUUUAUUGCCUACAUUUUUAGUUUUUGUAGAGUAUUUCUUGGUGCUGGAAAGGAAAACAUAAUAUUUGUUAAAAAUAUCAAAUAUACCAAUAAAUUAAGUCAAUAAUAUGUUCUUUAUAUUUAAUUAAAUCAAGUUUUUAAAAUUGUAUAUUUAUUUUUAAAUGGGAAGCAUUAUGCCAAGUUCCAUUUGGAAUUUGAAGAUCCAGCCUGGUACUAUCUAUCUCAUUCACAAAAUGGCUAUCACUAAACAAUAUUACUCCUGAUCCCCAACUUCAAAUCAGAUACAAAAAAAAAAUCAUUAUGGUAUCUAUAUACUGUAGUUGUGUAAUCCAAUACUUAAUUGGCAUCAUUUAUAGUUAAGAUGAAUUAGUAUAGUACAUUACAAUAUAAAGUAUUUCUCUCUCUUACAAGGGCUGGAAAAAUUGCAGAAGUUCCUAAAGCAGGAAGAGAUGAGAAAACAAACAAACAAACAAACUGAAAUUGAAAAGUUGCCAAGUUAAAUUCUGCCUCAUAUUGGGUGCAUUUUCCCUGUAUGCUUCUUCUAUUAGAUGUUCCCUUUAAUCUGCAAUUAUAGAAUAAUUAAUUUUUAAACAUAAUUUUCAAUAUUUCAGCUGAGGUAGUAUUUUUAAGAUAUUUUUCACCAGAUGAAUUAUUUCUCCUCAUUACUAAGUUUAUUCUAUACAAAUUAUUAUAGAUGUUUUGCAAGCAAAAAAAAGAAAACAAAGAUUUUUUAAAUUGCAAUUCUUUUUCAAAAACUGAUGUUAUUAAUUUAACUAAGUAUCUGAAUAUAGGGAAGAUGAGAAGAUUAACAGAAUAUUUUUUUUAAAAAAAACAGUCAUAUCUAGCAUUUACAUGCUACACAAUUGUGCUCAUGCCUGGACAGAAGUUCCAUUAAAUUAAAUGGAGCUUACUUUUAGCUACUAGUAUAUAAAAAAUUUCUGUCUAAGUAACCAAUUCAUAAAUGAUUUCAGAUCCAUAUUAGGCAGAAAUAUAAAUUAAAUCUAUCAAAUUAAAUUGGCAAUUAAUAAAGACUUUUUCAUUUUUACACAAUGAAAGCUUACACAACCUAACCAUAGUGGGAUAUACUGCACUAAAUAUUGUAGCUAUUAAAUCAAAUUUAAUAAUAUUUAAGUAAUUUGACACAAUGUAUAAUUUUAAAAUUGAAUGCUACAUUCUCAUUGCUGUUGACAUUCUAUUUUCAUCUAAUUAUUGGUAAAAUAAAAUAGCUUCAAUAAUUAUUUUGUUAUAUCAUUCAUUGAUUUCUACUUUGCACUUACAAGAUCAGUGUCAAGUCUGCAUUGCAGUUUGAAAAAAAUACAAAAUACUCUUACAACCUGCUCUUCUAUUGCUACACAUUUCAAGUGUCCUAUAACACAUAUGUGUUAUUUAAACGUAUUAGGUGCAAAUUCAAAUAAAUUCAUUAACUUCAGUUAAGCCUGUGUACAACAUUCAAGUGUAAAAAUGGAUACAGAGCAUAUUAUAUUGGACAAUAAAGGAUAUUUUGAAAAGUAACAUUUGUUUAAUGAAAAAUUAUGCAUGGUAUUUAUGUACAAAUGAUAUUGCAGGAAAAAGAUUAUCUUUUUCAGGUGUUAUGUCCUCCAUACCAAUAAUGGAGUUCACAUAAUUUCAGUGCUAACAUAAGUUAAUGGCUUACAUUACUUUUCUCACAUUUCAAAACUUAAUUAAAAGAAACCAAACAUUAUAUACAGAAAGGCACAGACUCUUCUUCAAGUCAGCUAUAUUACAGUACAGUGGAAAUUAUUCAAAUUAUCCUUUCCAACAUUUUGCUAACAGAAAAUUAUUUUAGACCACAGCCCUGUUUCCUGAAGUUCCACUAAUUGGGUAUCAAUACUCUUCCAGAAUCUAUAAUGGAAACAUAUGUAUCAUUUUAACAUUAAAUUGAACUAGAAUAAGUUGUUAAAAAGUAUUUAAUGAAAAAUUCCAUACAUUUUUACUGAAAUUUUUAUAAUCAUUCUGCUGAAGAUGACAACUGUCUCUUCCAACUCAUUAAAAACAAGCUGCAUUUUAAGUCAUGUUAUUUCUUAAGAAGUGUUUACAAUUAAAGCAGAGCUGAAAUUCUUUCAGAAAGGCUGCUUCUAAUAAUUUACAAAAUGUAGAAAUAUAAAGAUGAAUGGAAUAGUUACCAAGCUAAAUAUUUUUUGUCCGAAACUAAACCGAAGAAAUCAAAAUUUAAACCAUAUGUAAUAAAUGGCCUGUUAACAAAAUAUCCCAAUUUAAUAAAAGAUAUACAAAUUCUUCAUGACAUAUUUUGUUCUGCUCUCUCUCUCUCUCAAGUUUAGUUCUUCCAGCUCUC